AUGGAAGCUGGAUUUAAAUUCCAACCAUCUCCUGAAGAAUCAAUAAGCAAUUAUUUGCAGCCAAAAUCCCGUGGCGAUCCAGUGAAAGGCGUGCCCAUGGCAGUGAUUAACCUUUGCAAGAAUGAACCAUGGGAAUUACCUGACAAGGCAAUGAUAAAGUUAGCAGAUCAAGAGUGGUAUUUCUUUUGCCCUCGCGAUCUUAAGUACAAGAAAAGCAAACUUGCUAACCGAAAAACAAAGGCCGGGUACUGGAAGUUAACCAGCAAGAUAAAGGCAAUGAUGGCUGAGCAUACUAUGAAAAAGAUUAGUGAGGAUUAUGUUCUCUGUAAAUUGGAGAAGAUCAAUAGAGGUGAAGAAAAUCACCAUAUGGCUUCUUCAGUCUCUGAUUCUGAAGCUGCACCAAGUCAGAGCAUGGCUUCUGAUUAUGAAGAUAAAAACAGAAAUGAGAUGACUGUGAAUUCAGCUAGUGACGGAAGUGAAUUAAGCCACCUUGUGGCUUCUGAUCGUUUUGAAAUUCAAAACUUAAAUGAGCUGAUGGCUAACUCAGCUCCCCAAGUUCGUGAAUUAACUUCUGAUUUUAGAAAUCAGAACUCAAAUAAGCUAAUGUCUAAUUCAGCUUAUGAUGGAACUAGGUCAAGCUACUCCAUGGCCUUUAAUUCUGAAGCCCAAUACUAG